CAGAAAACACCAGAGAUCUAGAUAUUCAUUGCUAAAGCCCAGAAAUGUCGUAUGGUAAUAAUCAAAAUGUCCUCAAGACUGGAAACAAGAGAAUCGACAAAGAGAGAAUAGAGAUGGAAUAUCAAAAUGAAGAUGAAUACAAGACAUUGUCUGACUUCAGAUCAAACAGACAACAACCACUUCAGUCUACAGGACGUGAGUCUACAAAGAUCAGAUGUUACAGAUCAGUUACAGUGUGUUUGGUGGUGCUGUGUGUUCUUCUACUGACUGCAGUCAUAGUGCUGUGUGUCCUCAUCAAUACAAACAAUAAACAGUGUCAGAAUACCAAAAAUGAACUGAGGAAGACUCUAAGUGAAGCAGAUGGAUGGAUUUACUAUCAGUCCAGUUUUUAUUUUAUUUCAUCCGAGCAGAAGAGCUGGACUGAUAGCAGAAGAUACUGUAGAGAGAGAGGAGCAGAUCUGAUCAUCAUUAACAACAGAGAGGAACAAGAUUUUAUUAAGUUGUUUACUGGUAAGGAGAGACAUUGGAUUGGUUUGUCUGACAUUGAUGUAGAGGGCAAAUGGAAAUGGGUUGAUGGCAGCCCACUGACCUCUGUAUUCUGGAAGUCUGGAGAACCCAAUGGCCAUAGUGGAGAGAACUGUGUUGAGACUCACUCAUCAGUGUGGAAUGAUUACUCAUGUAAUAACGCUAUACAAUGGAUCUGUGAGAAAAAAAUGUUACUUCAGUAAAUUCAUCCAUCUGAGCAGCCUAAAAUUAAAUAAAAGUCGUUAGAUUGCUAUAUCUUCCAGAGCAAAACUUUGGUUUUAACCGUUUUCAAAUGUUGAAUGUUCAACUAACCUUUUGUUUCACAUGACCUAUUCUAAUAAAUGAAGCUUUUCAGCAAAAGCGUUUUAAUUUGAAACAGUGUGAGUAAAAUAUUGAGUAACUGCUGUCAUUGUUGUUCAGGCUGUACAGUAGGUUAAACUAUUAGUUUAUAAAUGAGCAACUACUGGAAUAAAAUAUAUGUUUUUGGUAACACUGUAUCUUUGCUGUUUUCUUUUUUUUGUUACAAUAAAGUUCAAAAAUGU